GAUAAACUCAAGUCUGCUUUGGAGCCUCUACAGAAGAAUCUUAGAGUCUUAGAGGAAGCUAAACAAGACUAUGACCAAACAGCAGCUCACAUUAAGACGCAGGCCCAGCACACAGAGAGGCAGAUAAAGGAGGAGUUUGAGAAGCUUCACCAGUUUCUAAGAGAUGAAGAAGCAGCAAGGAUAGCUGCACUGAAGGAGGAAGAGGAGCAGAAGAGUCAGAUGAUGAGGAGGAAGAUUGAGGAGAUGAAUGGAGAAAUAUCAUCUCUUUCAGACACAAUCAGAAACAUAGAGAAGGAAAUGGAAGCUGAGGAUGUUCUGUUCUUACAGAACUUCAAGUCUACAGAGAAACAAGCUCAGCUCAAACCAAAGGAUCCAGAGAAGACAUCAGGAGCUCUGAUCAAUGUAGUGAAACACCUUUCCAACCUGAAGUUCAGAGUGUGGGAGAACAUGCAGGAGAUUCUCCAGUACAGUAAGUUCUGUUUCUCUUAAGGUUGAUCUCUCACA